AGACGUUCAAUAAUUUCAUGUACACUGGGAAAAGCAGAUUUCAUUUACUUUUCUGAAUUUUGAUGAUCCUGUUUCAUAUAACUUAAUUCUUUAUCCUAGUUCCAUUGACAAUCCUCUAAAUAAAUAUUGCAAAUAUUGUAUUUCAAUUUAUAGACUAUAGGUAGACUUAUGAACUGAAUGACAAAUGGAUUACGUCACCAGUAGACAAAAAUGGUGUUGACGGUGGUAGGGCGUUGAAAAAUAUUUUUUUUAAGUCGAGGUGUUUUUUGAUUUGAUCGAUUUUCAAAAAUUAACUUGCGACGAUUUUCAUUCGAAACAAUAAGAUAAUUUGAAUUAGAUAGAUAAACCAAAACCAAGUAUGUCUGAUAGAAAAGCAGAACUGGAACGUAAAAAAGCCAAACUACAAGCUUUAAGGGAACAAAAGGACCGGAGGAGGCGCGAGAAAGAGUUGAAAGAUGUUGAAGAGGCUACCACCCGUACGAUAUUGGGAGGAGGUGGCGAUAGAAAAGAGCUGGACGAUUUACUUCGAGAAGUUGGUGUGGCCCCUGUAUCAGAAGUUUUUUCUAGUAUUUCUAGUGCGAAUUCCCUCACUCCCGAACAAAGUAGAAAUCAUACGCCUGACACCUCACUUCAGCCAAAUAGCUUACCAAAUAAUGUUAUUGCGGUAAGAAAAAAAAUCCCCCAACUCAGUGUCGUUCCUGUUCAAACCACAAAUAUUCCACCGAAAGAAGUGGUAGUCUACACCAAGCAAACCCAAACUACAACUACAGGACAUGAUGUUCGGGACGCACAUGCAACCGAUUAUUACGUUAGGGAACUGAGUGAAGAUGAAAAGCAAAUCGUGAUACUUUCUGAAGACUUUCAACAUUUUAUGGAUAGAGCUGGUAGGAUAAUGGAGAGAGCCUUGUGUGAAAGUGUGGACAUCUAUAAGGAUUAUACUGGAAUGUUGGGAGAAGAAGGACUGGAUGAAAAAUCUCAUCAGCGAAUUUCCUUCAAUCGACAUUUCUAUGAUGAGAGGUGGUCACGGAACCGAACAGUAACCUCUCUUGAUUGGUGCCCACAAUUUCCAGAGUUACUAUUGGCGGCAUAUAAUAAUAACGAAGAAUCACCGAAUGAUCCAGAUGGAGUUGUUCUUGUCUGGAAUACGAAAUUCAAAAAGAACACACCCGAGUAUAUAUUCCAUUGUCAGAGUGCUGUUUUAUCGGCGACUUUUGCUAGGUUUCACCCUAAUUUGAUACUGGGCGGUACAUAUUCUGGUCAAAUAGUUUUAUGGGAUAAUCGUGUUCAGAAACGGACGCCGAUCCAGAGGACACCAUUGUCAGCAUCAGCACAUACUCAUCCCGUAUACUGCAUGAAUGUGGUGGGUACUCAAAAUGCACACAAUUUGAUAAGUAUAUCAACAGACGGUCGGCUGUGCUCUUGGUCUCUCGAUAUGUUAGGUCAACCUCAAGAAAUUCUCGACCUGCACCGAAUGCAGUCUAAACCAGUUGCGGUGACUUCUUUAGAUUUUCCACAUUCCGAUGUUAAUAAUUUUGUAGUAGGCAGCGAAGAUGGAUCGGCGUAUUCAGCGUGCAGGCAUGGCGCCAAAGCUGGCAUAACUGAUGUGUACGAUGGACAUCAAGGUCCGGUGACUGGUAUUAGUGUGAAUGGGGUGCAAGGAGGAAUUGACUUCUCGCACAUGUUUUUGACAUCAUCGAUAGAUUGGACGAUCAAAUUAUGGAGUUUGAAGAGCUUCGCACAUCCAAGGCACGACGAAUGGAAUAAAUUUUUAUACACCACCCAAGAGUUAAGGAAUAAUCAAGUAGACGAUGAAUUAGAAAAACUAAAUUACUCCAAUUCAAGUUCAUCUUCAAUGAGUAUGACUGCUUUAACCUCAACACCCCUGCGAUAAAUAGUUUAAUUUUAAUUAUUAAGUAGCAUAUUUAUGAGAUAAUUUAUUACCUAACCACUGCAAGAGUAAUGAAAGCGUGUCAUAAUGUUUAACUGUGAAAAUGGUCAAAGGUACAUUCUUUCGGGGCAAUCAGAUACUGAGCAGCUGUGCUGAACACUUAAGAAUAUUGUGUUGCUGAGGCUUUCAUUAUUUUUUCGUACAUAUGAUCAAGACUCGGUUGAAAGAACUGUCAAUUCUCUCGCUUUUCACCAGCGGGAUGAGAUUAAAGGAUUUUCGCUAUUAGUUGUAUCAAUAUUUUCGUCCAUUUGGUAAGAUGGGUUUCGUGGCGGAAAAUUUACUGAAAUAUCUGUCGAACAACUUUUUUAAAUACUGCAGAAAAUAUAUUGUUUUUUCGGAUUUGUUUUAAUAAUACAUAAAUGAAUAUUUUAACACUAAGUUCAAUGUGAAAUAUCACUUUCUUAUGUUUGUAAUAGUCUCGAAAAGGCACAUUGAAUAGAUAUUUGUUUUAGUCGGUUUACAAAUUUAAUUUCUGCUUCCGGCAACUAAACAUGAAAACUUCAAACUCGAUUUUAUAACACUUGGUACUGUUGUUAGGUUUACUGUUACUUAAAUUUUCUACAUGAUUUGUUUGUUGCGCUUGUAAAUAGCUAUUUAUUUUUUUGUGGUAACAAAAUAUUUAGUAUUUUUUUAUACUUGAUUGUUAUGUCUGUAUUAUAAUGCUCUUAAAGUUAGGUGGCAUCCAAAAUAAAUGUUUUAAAAAAUUACUCAA